CCUUGCCCGGCCGCACCCCUGCGCAGCAGCAUGUCAGCGCUCGAGUGGUAUGCCCACAAGUCUCUGGGCGAUGGCAUCUUCUGGAUUCAAGAACGGUUCUACGAGUCAGGCAACCGGGCCAACAUCUGGCUGGUGCGCGGCUCCGAGCAGGACGUGGUGAUCGACACGGGCCUGGGGCUGCGCAGCCUCCCGGAGUACCUCUACUCCUCGGGCCUCUUGCAGGAUUGCGGGGCUAAAGAGGAUGCAGGACGCCGGCCGCUGCUGGCCGUGGCCACCCACGUGCACUUCGAUCACUCGGGCGGUCUCUAUCAGUUCGACCAGGUGGCUGUACACCGCGCUGAGGCCGAGGCCCUGGCUCGCGGGGACAACUUUGAGACUGUGACCUGGCUCUCUGACAGCGAGGUGGUGCGGGCGCCCAGCCCUGGCUGGAGGGCCAGGCAGUUCCGAGUGCAGGCAGUGCAACCCACCCUCAUUCUGCAGGAUGGGGAUGUGAUCAACCUUGGCGACAGACAGCUCACUGUUAUGCAUAUGCCAGGUCACUCCAGAGGCAGUAUUUGCUUACAUGAUAAAGAUCGCAAGAUCCUCUUCAGUGGUGACGUCAUGUAUGAUGGAUCACUGAUUGACUGGCUCCCAUACAGCAGGGUCAGUGACUAUGUUGGAACUUGUGAACGUCUCAUAGAGUUGGUGGACAGAGGUCUUGUGGAGAAGGUGCUUCCAGGGCACUUCAAUACUUUUGGUGCCGAAAGGCUGUUUCGUUUAGCUUCUAACUAUAUUUCAAAAGCUGGGAUAUGCCACAAAGUGUCUACUUUUGCCAUGAGAUCUCUUGCAAGUUUAGCUCUCCGUGUAACAAAUCCUAGGACCUCACCCUAGUAUCUACAUGGGUCAUUUGUUUGUAUUAACUGUGUAAAUUAACCCAGUUCCCCUGUGUUGUUGGAAACAGUUACUAGUGAGCAUUUCUAAAUGUGCUUUAAGAUCACCAUUGUAUGUUAGAGAAAAAAAAAAAGGAUUAAGGAGGAAGAAAAAAAAAAAAGCAGAGUCUUAGGUUAGUAUCUUUUUCUUUUCUCCAAGGAAGAAGCCACUUAAAUACGCUUGCAAUUGGCCAGUGCUGUCAUUUCAGAGUGUGUGUUCUGGUGAUGCUGUGGGGUGCUCUAGGCUUCAAGGAUGCACUUGGCAGCACCUCAGAGAACUGCCCUUGUCUCAUAGUUUACUUCCCCAGAUACCGAGGGGGAAAUCAUAUGGGGUUCUAUGCUUACACUUUACACUUGAUUUUUCUCUGUACUUUAUUUAAAGAUAAAGUUUUUUGGGUUUAAAAAUAAAGUAGAACUCAACAAACUAGUUUUUAGAAUGACAGCUAAAACAGCCCAUAUUUAUGAUCCUGGAUUUUAUGCCUCCUUUUUUAUUUUUAAUUCUUUCUAUAAGCAUAAGGCAAAUAGCACGCUAUAUAAUUUAACGUAUGAACAGUACAAUGGAUUUUUGUCUUACUGCAAAGCUUUAAAUGUAAAUUGCAGAGCACUUCAGUAAAAAGCUACUGUUUGUUGUUUGUUAUCGUGUAAGUAAUAUUUUCAGUCAUGAAAGUGAAGUUAAAGUGUAUGUUAUCUAACUAUUAAUUAUCAGAUUUCUAAAAAGGACACUGUCAGGCAAAUUUGAAAAUAAACACAUUGAGAAUAAUUUUUUAUUAUAUCCUAUUUUAGUAUUAAUAGAUACUAUAAACAAAUUUUUUUCUGGUUAAAUAGCAAUUUCAGUAUUGUGUCAUGUUUUACAGUACUAAAACAACUCCUGACAUCUCUGACAUCUUGAUGCAAACAAUUCUUUUACUUGAUAUUACAUGUAUAUGUACCACAGGAGAAUAAGUUUACUGCAUACAUGUAUUAUCUAUUAACGAGAGCAAACGGCCUUCUUAUCCUGAUUCACAACACCUGUUCCUGUUCAGUAUUCUUUGUCUUAAACAAAAACAAGUCUAUGUUCAUAUGUCAUAGAAAAUUACUAAGCCACUAUUCAGUGAUACUAGGUAAAAUGUUUAGGUUUGGUGCUUUUAAUAAUAAUAAUUUAUCAAAAAGCCUUUUGGAAUAUUUCAUAAAAGUUUUUAAAAGAGUUUCUCACUACCUUUUUAUUAUUAAUGUUUUAUUAUUGACAUUGUAGACCAAACAGAUCUACUUUUGGAAAUCAGAUCACUCCGUUCCAGAAUUCUUGUUUCUGUCAAGUUAUGUAACCUUUUUCUCUGCAAACACCCAGGUUCUUUAGGUUUUAAUUCACUCAGUAGACACACAUGCUGGCAUGCAUGUUCACAUACACAGACACAGGCAUGCCACACUUACACAUAAGUGUGCACACACACACACAGGCAUGCCAUACUUACACAUAGGUACACAGUACUGUGCUAAGCAACAUAGGAUGUUUGAAAGUGAAAGAACUAGUUAUAGCUAGAAAUUAAGGCCAUAAAAUCCAAGAAGUAAUAUAUGCAAGUUGACAUUAAUAAACAUAUUGCUUAAAUGUAAAGGAUACAAGGAAGGGUAUGAAGUUAGGUAAGGCAAAUUCCCCGGAAGAGGGGAUUUUUUUAGUCAGAUUUGGAGGGAGGCUGGGAAAUAAAAAAUAUGUGAGCCUACAUUUUCAGGAAUUGCUAGAUAGACUAGCCUAGUCCUUGUGACCAUAUAAAUUUAAUUUUCUGGAAUGCCAUUUCUUCCAAGUAUCAUAUACUUAGCAUGAAAAAGACGGGUUUGUGAUUGUAUAUGUGGCUCAUUCUUAAAGUCAGAUGAACUGAGGUGUCAUGUGCCACUAUGUAAACCUUUGCUUACACUCAGAAAGGAGAUCAUGAUUGGCUCUAUAUGAGGUGCCAUGAGUGCUCCUUGAAGACAGUGGGUGUGUUUCAACUGGUGUCACAGUUCGGAGAAUAGAGACUGGUUCAGGGCAACUACAAUCACUUAGUAAGCCUUAAAUAUAGCCAUUAUUUUUGUAUCAGCAGCACAAAAUAAAGCCAAAAGUCCUUAAUCAGUGACUAUUUUAUCAUAUUUUAGUAUUUACUUUAAAAUCAGGAUAGAGUAGGCAUUAAGCUUUAUUAGGAAAAUUUAUUCCUGAUGAGAUGUUUCUUUAUUUAUUAAAAGUGCAAUUUUUCAGUAUAAAUUGAUAUUUAUCGAUUUCACCAAUUUUUUAGUUUUUUAAAUUGCAGUGUAAGAUUGCGAUAUUUCACUAUUGCUACCCUGUGAAAAAUACAGAAGUAAAUUCAUACUCAUUUAGUAUUCACAACACAUUUUAAAUUUGCAUCCUAGUUCCAGCACCAAGAGAUAAUUGACCAGCAUCAUACAGUAUGGACUAGGAACACAGGUUUGUCUGCUCCGACACCACAGCCUCUCUUAAACCUUCACAACACACAGAAUUGCCCACAUAUAGUUUUACUUUCUAACAUGCCAUAUAUGUGAAAAAUAAAUAAUAUCAAAUCCUAAUAGCAUUUUUAGAAAAUUAAAAAAAAUAUGUAUUUUCACCCUGACAGUGGCCCUUGUAAAUUUAUGAUUUUUCAGAAAUAGAAUAUUGUAAGUAUAACUCAAGGUUGUCAAAAUGUUAGACAUGUCAAAAUGAUUUCUUAUUUAUUAUUGCUAAUAAUGACCUCGUGGACUUUCACUUUAUUUAUUAAUUAUUGUCUCCUUUUAACUGAGAAGCUUGAAGCAAACAGAAGCCUUGUAUGUUAUACUGAUAUAACUAAAUACCUGCUUAUCUGUAUUUGUCCUAAUAUAGGUAAUAAUAUGAAUGUGACAUGCACAAAUUGUUCUAUAAUUUUCAAAUAAGUCUAUGUAAACAUUGUGGGGUAACUAUUAAAGUGGCCAUGUAUUUCAGUGUUUAAA